AUGACAAUAACUAAGGAGAUCGUAGUGGGAGCUCUUGCUUUACAAGGAGCAUUCAAGGAACAUUUAGAUUAUUUUCAAAAAGUAAUCGAAUUGCAUCCUCAACAGUAUAACCAUUAUAGCUUUAAAUUCGUCGAAGUUAGAACAGAAUCAGAAUUAAAUAAUUGUCAUGCAUUAGUUAUCCCAGGUGGAGAAAGUACGGCAAUUUCUCUUAUUGCUGAAAGAACUCAUAUGUUACAACCAUUAUUGGAUUUUAUAAAGGAUGAAUCUAAAUCAGUAUGGGGUACUUGUGCUGGAUUAAUCUUUUUAGCUAAACAAUUGAAAAAUGGGAAAGUAAAUCAAAAAUUAUUAGGUGGUUUAAAUGUUCAAGUUGUAAGAAAUGCAUUUGGUAGACAAGUUAAUUCAUUUGAAUCAAAAUUGGAUUUUAGUUCUUUUAUUAAAGAUUGUAAUGAUUUCCCAGCUGUUUUCAUUAGAGCUCCCGUCAUAGAUAAAUUAUUAACCGGCGAUGUAAAUGAAAAAGAUGAAGAAGAAGAUCCAAAUAUAAUCAAAUCAUUAAAUAACUAUAAUAAUAAAGCAUCACUUGAAGUAUUAUAUACUUUAGAUAAUUUCGACAAUAAUAAUAAUCAUUUAAUCGUGGCAGUAAGACAAGGUAAUAAAUUAGGUACAUCGUUUCAUCCUGAAUUAGCCACUGAAGAUUAUAGAUUUCAUAAAUGGUUUAUAGAUGAAUUUGUAUUAUCAAAGUAA